CGGUAGUUUGGCGGUGUUCAAUGUGUUACUCCCCUUUCGGGUGAUGCUGGGUAACCAAGCGGCACGUGACUACGCGGGGGUCGCGUCAUGGCUCCUGCCGCUUCGUCGCGUUUGCAGCAUCCUCCAGAUCUCGCACUGCACAACACCCAACAUAGCCUGGAUGUCCCAGUGGCGCUCACAAGAUGGCCGAGGAGAUGGAUAUCGUUCCUUCGUCGCCCCGUGGUAUCAAACGAAAAGGUGAUGAAAACCUGCCAUUACCAGCACCGCGACGUAUCAAGGCGCUUGCUCAAGACGUCGUGAACAAAAUCGCCGCCGGUGAGAUCAUUGUCGCGCCCGAACAUGCGCUUAAGGAAUUGAUCGAGAACGCCGUGGAUGCAGGAUCAACUUCGCUGGAGGUAGUCAUCAAAGAGGGCGGACUGAAGCUGUUGCAGAUUACAGACAAUGGUCACGGCAUCGAUAAGGAAGAUCUGGCGAUUCUUUGUGAGCGCUUCACUACCUCGAAACUGAAGGCGUUCGAAGAUCUGAGCUCGAUUGGAACGUAUGGCUUUCGCGGCGAGGCAUUGGCAAGUAUCAGCCACAUUGCGCAUCUGAGUGUUACGACGAGGACUAAGGAGUCAAGUUGUGCAUGGAGAGCGCAAUACUCGGACGGAAAGCUGGUCAGCCCCAAACCUGGACAAAGCGCUGAACCGAAACCAAUCGCUGGAAGGGGUGGUACCCAGAUCACGGUGGAAGAUCUCUUCUACAACGUUCCAUCACGAAGGCGGGCAUUCCGCUCAGCAAGCGAAGAGUAUGCUAAGAUUCUCGACAUGGUUGCACGCUAUGCUGUCCACUGCGCUGGGGUCUCAUUCACAUGCAAGAAGCAUGGUUCUUCUACUGCCGACAUAUCUGUGCCGACAGCUGCCGGGACUCUGGAUCGCAUCCGACAGAUCCAUAAAGCUACCGUAGCCAAUGAACUGGUAACACUGAAUACCGAGAAUGAGCGAUGGGGCUUCAAAUGCGAGGGCUGGAUCAGUAACGCGAAUCACAGCGCGAAACGGACGACUCUAUUACUCUUCAUAAAUCAUCGCUCUGUUGAGUCUUCCGUCAUCAAGAAGGCUAUUGAGCAAACCUACGCCACGUUUCUACCGAAAGGCGGUCGCCCGUUCGUUUACCUGAAUCUCGAAAUAGAGCCUGCACGAGUGGACGUGAACGUCCACCCAACCAAACGGGAAGUUCACUUCCUAAACGAAGAUGAGAUUAUCGCCAUCAUUUGUGACGAGAUCCGGAACAGCUUGAGCAAAGUAGACACGAGUCGCUCGUUCAUGACACAGUCUUUGUUAUCCAACCAGCCAAAAAUACCCUUGGCUACCCCCGUGAAGCAGACGGCUGCAGGGGUAUCGACUCCAACUCUCACGUCGGAGCGAAGUGAUCCAAGACCACCACCGACCACGGCCAUGAAGAAGCGCAACGAAAACAACCUCGUCCGCACCGAUGCGUCAGCGCGCAAAAUUACUUCCAUGUUACAAUCACAUCCAUCGGCAGAUGGUGCAGCCAAUGAAGACGAAGAGAUGGACUACGAGUAUACAGAAAAGGAACCCACAAGCUGUCGCCUGACCUCUGUCAAAGAACUACGCGCCCAGGUGCGCGACGCCAUGCACAACGAGCUCACGGAUAUCAUCUCCACGCACACUUUCGUCGGAAUCGUAGACGAACAGAAACGCAUUGCAGCCAUACAAGGGGGUGUCAAGCUCUUCUUGGUCGACUACGGGAUGCUCUGCAAUGAGUACUUCUACCAGCUUGGACUCACCGAUUUUGCAAACUACGGGGCUCUCCGCUUCAAACCGCCGCUCCUUCUACAUGACUUGCUCAGGAUUGCAGCGGAACAGGAGCAGCGCAACGCAGGCGAUUCAGCAGACGAAGUUGAUUGGGACGAUGUAGUCGACAGCGUAAAGCAGCAACUCAUUGAUCGACGCGCACUGCUCGCAGAGUACUUCUCGCUCGAGAUCACUGAGAAGGGUGAGCUUUGCUCCAUUCCUUUGCUGGUGAAGGGCUACGCACCUUCCAUGGCGAAGCUUCCGCAGUUUCUGCUUCGGCUGGGCCCAUAUGUGGACUGGGACUCAGAAAAGGAGUGCUUCCAGUCUUUUCUGCGUGAACUCGCCUCUUUCUAUGUGCCCGAGAGUUUACCAUUGCCACUUUCCAUGCCCCAGGACGAGAGUGGCAAGGGCAAAGUCACAGAAGAGGAUCCAGAAAUUGUAGCAAGGAGAGAGAAGGUGCGAAAGGCGCUGGAGGACGUGAUCUUUCCGGCUUGUAAGGCGAGGCUGGUGGCUACGCGGGGCUUGUUGAAGGGCGUGAUGGAGGUGGCGAACUUGAAGGGACUGUAUCGUGUAUUUGAGCGAUGCUGA